UGAGAAUUAAAAUACCAUCAUCGUCUCUCCCCGAACAUCAUACCCAAAAAAUUCUCCGUACCCAUUCCCAUACCCGUUUUAUGUUCUUCAUACUCAACUCAUUGGGGUUGAAUUCCCCCGAAUACCUCGCCAUGUACGAGCUAAGGUAAGAGCAUGAUUGUAUCACAUGCGACGCACGUGAGAAAAAGAUAAAACAGAUGAGGCUACCUCUGUCGUCGUCCUAUCCACCAAUCCAUCAUCCAUCAUCCAUCCACACUUCCAUUACCUCUACUCUCUCUCUCUCUCUCUCUCUCUCAAUCUUCAUUUCCCAGAACCCUAAUUCCCAAAUCAUGGCCUCCAAAGCCCUGCCUCAGGCUCUGAUAACAAUGCCAAGAAACCCUACCCAUCACCCGCCGGUAAAGCUUGGGUUUUCCGCUUCCUUCUCUCGUCGUUCUUCUUCUAAUUCCGCCCGGGUCUCGCUCUCUAGGGUUUCGUCGAGCUCAUUUGGGUCCAGCUUCUGUCCCAUCGUCGCUGCAAUGUCGAGACUGGACUUUGUUGUGAGAGCAGAUUCGAGCACUGAAGGUGAAGCUGAAGCAGUUGGAAGUGAAGAGGCCUCGGAGGCCAUCGUAGAAGCUGAAGCUGAACCAGUUGUGGAGUCUGAGCCUGAAGAGCCUGAGCCUGAAGAGCCGAAGACGCCCAGAAAGUCUCGGGUUAAGCUUGGAGACAUAAUGGGGAUAUUAAACAAGAGGGCAGUUGAGGCAGCAGUGCAAGAAAGGCCAGUUCCGGACAUUAGAACUGGAGACGUUGUGCAAAUCAAACUGGAAGUUCCUGAAAAUAAGCGUAGGUUGUCUGUUUAUAAAGGCAUUGUCAUUUCAAGACAAAAUGCUGGCAUUCACACAACCAUUCGCAUUCGGAGGAUUAUUGCUGGAAUAGGGGUUGAGAUUGUGUUCCCGCUGUACUCACCAAACAUUAAGGAGCUAAAGGUACUGAGCCACAGGAAGGUUAGGAGGGCAAGGCUGUACUAUUUGAGAGACAAGCUUCCAAGGUUCUCAACUUUCAAAUGAGAAAUAGUACACGGCUCUUGUUUGGUUGUUUUCACUGUCAGAGGAGUCCCCGGAAUACUCACAUUGUAAGAACUAUGUAUACCCUGGAAUCCAUUAAUCUGAUAGGCGUAUCAGUUCUCUCCAAUUUUUUGUUGUAUCUAUAUUUUUUUUCUUCUUUUCUGUUGUUUCAGUUCAUAAUUAAUUAGGAAAAAAAAAAAAAGUUUCCAACAUCUGCGACAUCAAGCUUCCAGUAAUGCAUGUAUUUUAUGUUUCCUUC